CGUUCGACGGAUAGCGCGACGUGGACGGGUGUGUGCGAAAGUAUGAAGUGAAAUCGUACUAGUAGUGUGUGAAAUGUUUAGUGUUAGUUUUUACUGUGCUUGAAGACAAAAUGAGUGCGAACGGAUAACCAAACUAACCUUAUUUUCAACCCUUGAAACUUUACACGUUCGUGUCACACGUAACAUUUUAUAUGAACGGUUUCAAAAUGGCUGUGUUUUGAAGGACCCUUUGUCCGCUUUCGUGUGUUUCUUCAGCAUGGUAGUGGCAUUAUACGACCAUAAAUUUGUCUUCAAAAGGGAAUGCAUGUCAUGUACCCGGAGAGCUGGGUGCAAGAUCGCAGCAGUCAGCCACUCUCGCAGCAGCAGGCAGGCUCGCCCUACAACUGGGCGCAUCCAACCAAGAAGCGCCCACUGAGCCCUCAUACAGCACUCUACCACUCCGGACUAGUGCAGCCGGAUCACACUAUCUACAAGAACAAGUGGUGGGGAGUUGUGCCGGGCUGCUGCGGCGCGCCCGCGGAGCCAAGUCGUGCGUGCGAUGCGGAGCGGCGUUCGCCGGCCGCGCCGCCAUCCGCUCCGCGUCUGCUUUGCGCCACGCCCCAACGCCGACCGCCGACUGUGGGAGAUAGCAGCGAUCACUUGGCGGACGGGAGUGGGCAGGGCGUGUGCGUGGGCGCCGCAGGGGGCGCGGGCGAAGUCGCGGGGGGAAGCGGGCGCCACCGCGCGGCGGCGGUCGCAACGACGACGGCGCACAGCAAGCAGCUGGCGGCGGGCGGGCCCAACCACCCGCCCCAGCCGCAAGGUAACAAACGGUCGGGCUGCGGCGGCGAUGGCGACUAUCAGCUGGUGCAGCACGAGGUGCUCUACUCCUCGUCCAAUAGGUACGAGGUGCUGGAGUUCCUCGGUCGCGGCACAUUCGGGCAGGUGGUGAAGUGCUGGAAGAAGGGCACCAAUGAAAUCGUCGCCAUCAAGAUCCUCAAGAACCACCCCAGCUAUGCACGCCAAGGACAGAUUGAGGUGUCGAUCCUGUCGCGGCUGUCGCAGGAGUCGGCGGACGAAUUCAACUUUGUGCGGGCGUACGAGUGCUUCCAGCAUCGCUCGCACACCUGCCUCGUAUUUGAGAUGCUCGAACAGAACUUGUACGACUUCCUCAAGCAGAACAAGUUCUCGCCGCUGCCCCUCAAAUACAUCAGACCAAUACUGCAGCAGGUGCUCACCGCUCUACUCAAACUUAAACAACUGGGUCUGAUCCAUGCGGACUUGAAGCCGGAGAACAUAAUGCUGGUAGAGCCGGCGCGGCAACCUUACCGCGUCAAGGUGAUCGACUUCGGCAGCGCCUCUCAUGUCAGCAAGGCUGUCUGCAACACUUACCUGCAGAGUAGAUACUAUAGAGCACCGGAGAUAAUCUUGGGUCUGGCGUUCUGCGAAGCUAUCGACAUGUGGUCGCUGGGCUGUGUGGUGGCCGAGCUGUUCCUGGGCUGGCCGCUGUACCCUGGCUCCUCGGAGUACGACCAGAUCCGGUACAUCUCGCAGACGCAGGGCCUGCCCACUGAACACAUGCUCAACAGCGCAUCAAAGACUGCGAAGUUCUUCUACCGGGAUGUGGACAGUACGUACCCGUUCUGGCGGCUGAAGACCCCCGAGGAGCACGAGCUGGAGACCGGCAUCAAGAGCAAGGAGGCCAGGAAGUACAUAUUCAACUGCCUCGACGAUAUAGGACAGGUGAAUGUGCCAACGGAUCUCGAAGGCGGCCAACUGCUGGCUGAGAAAGCUGACAGAAGGGAAUUUAUUGACUUAUUGAAGAAAAUGCUUACAAUGGACCAGGAAAGAAGAAUAAUGCCUGGUGAAGCUUUAAACCAUGCGUUUGUGACUCUCGCGCACCUUGUUGACUACGCGCACUGCAAUAAUGUCAAGGCGUCGGUGCAAAUGAUGGAGGUGUGCCGUCGUUCUGGCAGCGGUGUGGGCGGUGUGGGCGGUGUGGGCGGCGCGGCGGAGUACGGCGUGGGCGUGGGCGUGGGCAGCGUGGUGGCGCCCGCCCCCGCCCCCGCGCCCCACCACCUCGCGCUCACCAUCAACCAGCAGAGGUUAAGAGCCGCGCCAUACGACAACCUGUACCAGCUGUACCAGGGCGGGCGUGUGGCUGUGGGCGGGGCGCGGCAGUACGCGACGCGCGCCGCAGAGCCCUUCCCGCAUCAGUUCGUCUCCUCAAUACUCUGCCAGCCAGCUUAUCAGGUGCAGCAAUUAGCAGCAGCUGCAGCCGCCGCGGCCGCCGCCCACCAUCAGCACGGUGUGGGCGUGGGCGUGGGUGGCGUGGGAGUGGGCGUUGGCGGCGUGGGAGUGGGCGACGUGGGCGAGUGGCGCGCUCCGCUCAUCGUGGAACCUGCUCCGCUGCCGGACGCCGACGUGUGGGACUUCCAUCCUCAUCAUCCGCAGCAUCAUCACCCUCCUAAGAGAUCAACAAAGCAGCAGGCGAGCGCCGUGCCCCAUUACCAGCCGCACCACCAAACGCAUCAAUACAGUAUGGUGAACAGUGGCGGUAAGAAGGAGCCGACUCAGCUAUCGCCGGUCAAGAAGAGAGUGAAGGAGGGGACACCACCGUCACGACACAGGCACCACCAUGACCACACGGUUCAAAGUGGAGGUGUAUCGGGUACGUGGGAGGGCGGAGCUGCGGCGGGAGGCUGCGGCGCUCACACCAUCACCAUCCGGGACACACCCUCGCCAGCUGUCUCCGUCAUCACCAUCUCUGACUCAGAGGAUGAGGAGGCAUCACGCCGCCCUCGCCCCGCACACCACAACACGCAGCAACAUCAACAACAACAUUCGCACAACAACAGAGGAAGUGGCGAGUGUGCAGCAACAACCGCAACGACAGCGCACAACAACAACAACAACAACACGACAGCAAGCAGCGGCGGCGUCAUCUGCAGCGCACGUACACCACGUGACGAUAGACAUGUCAAACAUGAGCCUCAUCAGCACCAGCAGCAUCAGACCAACAGCUGCCAUCAUCACAACCAGCAACAGCUGCAGCAACAACAACAGCAGCAGCAAUCGAGCGCACGUAGCCAGCAGUCGACAACAGCGCAGUCUGUGCAAUCUGCGCAGUCUACUCAGUCUGCUCAGUCGGCGCAGCCCACGCCUCAGAGCCAGAAGAAGCGGCUGCUGGCGCUGGCGCAGCAGGAGGCGCAGGCCAAGCAGGAGCUGCUGCCGGAGCACCAGCCAACACACUACAUAUCGAGCGGCGCAACGAUCCGCCAGACGAACGAUUACCAAUGUAAUCAGUAUCUACCGCCUCAUCACACCAAGCGGGAUAGCACUGGAGGAUGCCGUGACUAUCUGCCGGCGACGAGCGGCGCCAUCAGUGCAGUGAGUGCGGUGAACGCGCACGCUGUGGGCGUGGGCGUGGGCGGUGUGGGAGUGGGCAGCGUGGGCGUGGGCCCGCCCGCUGCGCACAAGCACGCCGCCGCCCACGCUUGGCACCACCAUCCGCAUGCGCAUUACAAGACGGGCAGUGGGGGCGUGCUGUCGCCGGGCGGGCCGGGAGGAGGGGUGUCGCCGGGAUAUUUGCCACCCCCACCCCUCUACGUACCCACAUACCACUACCAUACCGGGGGCGUGACCGGUCCACCACCGGCACACCACGGCAGCGGCGCGCGUCUGCCGGGCUACCUGCAGCCAUACUCGCCCACGUACCUGGUGCCGCCCCACGCGCCACACCCCGCGCACCCCGCACACCCCGCACAUCCCGCGCACGCCACGCACGCCCCGCACCAGCAACACCUCUGGUACGACUGAGAGUGCCACGCCCCCCACGCGUGCCACGCCCCCCACGUUGCCACCGUCACUAAAACAACGGGCGUAAAUCUCCUUAUACCCAACGUGUACAGUGGUGUGUACGGCAGCUGGCGACUCGUGAAGGGAGUGACGUCAUCGAUUACUGAACUGUCAUGUGAGAGACUAGUAACCGUACAAACGGUUGUUUUGUAAAUGACUCGUGUAUUUGGUCGGUUAAUAUAAUAUGAAACAGUGUUUGUGUGCGAUUUGAACACGAUAUAAAUCAAUUCGCCGCCCUUAUAAAUCAAGGAGGCGGUAGUCUAUGGUUGGAUAUUCUCCGCCAUCUUUGGUCCAUAAGGCCGGUCGAGUGAUUGGGGACUGACGAGAUCGAUUCCUAUCACACUGCAAUUUUUAAUUCAAAACUCUGACUAGUGUGUCGUUAUGUAGGAAGGUUCUAUGCACCGAUGUCGCACUUAAACUUUACAUCUUGUACAAAUAUAAAGUACCAUAAGGUACUUAUCCUAUUGCCGUAGUUAGAUUUUGUUCGGUUUGUUUUUUUACUUAGAUGUUAGUGAAUCAUUAUGUAAUAUGGAUUUAUAUAUAUAUUUAAUUUUUCAAUUGUAAUUCUAUCGAAGGAGCGAGUGGAUUGCAUUUACUAAUAUUUUAUUUUAGUGUAGUCGUUUGUACCAAAUGGUUUGUAUUGCGCACGCGCAAUGUCCUAGAUGUUUUUAAGUUCCACCUGAUUGUAUGUCAAUUAUGGUUUUUAAUUUUAACGUAUUUUUUUUUAGAAUUUUAGUUUGUUGAAAUCGUGAGAUUUGCGGACGCGAAAUUUUGACUUGUGUUUCGUAUUACGUAGCGUUUAAUCUUUGAAAUACAAAAAAAAUAAUGCUGUGUUUUAAUAACUAUAUGAUAUAAAUAAUGGGGAUUUUAUUAAUGUAUAGAUGUAAUUAUGUGUGUAGGGUGUUGGAGUACUCGAUUAGGUUUAGACAAGUUUUAUUUGAAAUGGUUAAAAAAAAUAUAUAUAACUUAGUUUUCUUAGCACAGUCAUAGGUAAUUGUCGAUUUUAAAAUGCAUGUGUACUCGUUUUAGC